AUGGUCAACAGCCUGUGGUUCAAAUGGAAGGGUCUACGCCUGCCAUGGCGCAAGUCCUUCCUCGUCGGCUCGGACCUCGCAGGGAACACCUUCUGGGAAUUUAAGGAUGUGGCCAACGCCAGCAAAUUCCGCCGGAUCGUUAAAUUUGAUCCCAAAACCCACUAUGGGGAUGUUCAAGUGUCGCCGCAAUGGCACCAAUGGCUCCGCUACGUCCGCGAACACCCACCCAGCAUAGAAGAACAACAGCAGGACCUCGUCCGCCAAGCCCAAAUCAAGCAGCUCGCCCGUCUGGCCGACGAGCGCUGGGCUAGCAAGCCCUCGUUUCUCGAUAAGCCUCAGGCGCAACAACCGAGUCCCGCCACCAACGCGACGGACGCCACGUUAAAUCGCCCGGCUGAUGAGGCUGCAAAAGGAGCCAAUUCUACACAGACUGCAUCCACAUCUACCACCGAUGCUAGUACGGACACUGCACCAAAAACAGGAGAGACAAAGUCGGCGACAAAACCCGUCUCCCCAGAAGAGACCGCUAAAAAAGAUCCAUGGGCGAAAGCUAGCAACCCAGGCGACAGCUGGCAGCCUGAAUCAUGGAAACCUACCUCACAGCGGUGA